AUGUCUGCCGCCACCACCACCAACGCCGUCGACAGGCCCGUCGUUCUCCUCACUGGCUGCUCGCGCGGCCUCGGCCUCUCAGUCUUGCAACAGCUCCUCGACGGCACCACCCUCAUCCCGCAAGCCAACGUCGUCGCAAUCUCCCGCUCCCUCCCUCAGCCACUGUCCUCACUCCUCGAGUCCCACCCCGACUCAGUCAUCCACGUGCAGGGAUCCACCACUGACGACGCCGUCUCCCAGACCGCCGUCGACCGCGCAAUCGCAAAGUGGGGCCGCAUCGACGCACUCAUCCUCAACGCAGGCAUCGUCGACGUCGCAAGGAUCCAGGACCUCUCGACCGCAGACUUUGCUCACCAGCUCAACGUAAACACCGUGUCUCUCAUCGCCACCAUCCGCGCAGCCCUCCCCCAUCUCCGCAACGCAAAUGGCGGCGGCCGUGUCGUCUUCGUCAGCAGCGGCGCAGCCGUCGGCAACACGUCGGGCUGGUCGGCCUACAACGCCUCCAAGGCCGCCAUGAACUCCAUUUGCCGCACGAUGGCCAACGAAGAAAAGCAAAUCGCCUGCUUUGCCGUACGGCCCGGAGUCAUCGAUACCGAGAUGCAAGUCCAGAUCCGUGGCGCAGGCACCCACAUGGUGCCCGCCGAGUACGAGCGCUUCGUCAACAUGCACAAGGAGGGCAAGCUUCUCCCUCCCCACCUCCCCGCCCACUCGCUCGCCGCUCUCGCCGUCAAGGGCAGCCGCUCGCACCCAAAGGAAAAGGGCAGCGACAAGGGCAUCGGCGAGCUCGGCGGCUUCGUCAACUGGGACGCAGAAGAGCUCGCAGGGUUUAAGCUCGACACUUGA